AUGUGGAAAUAUAUUGGUAAAAUAUUUAUCAAUUUGACCUUUGUCACAGUACUAUAUUUGGUUAGUUAUACAAAUCUUGAUACAAAUGCAGCAUUCCAACUUCAACAUUUAAGUCAAUUUUUUUUUAAUAGACAUAAUUUAACACGUAAUUUCCAAGAGAUCAUAUCAUUUGAUGAUUAUUGGAAAUGGUUGCACACAUGCUUUACACCAAAUAUUCGCGCUGAAUCAUGGUAUAAUGAUGAUCCUGUUGAGAAUAUGACAGAUUUUCUUAAUGAUAAAACUACUCGUAUUAUUGGAUGGGCAACAAUGCGUCAAUUACGUUUAAAAUUAAAUGCAUAUUGUAAAAUUCCAGUUAUUACUCGACCAUUUAUUAGUUCAUGUAAAGGCAAAUAUAGUAUAUUUAAUGAGGAUGCAUAUUCAUAUGCACCUGGAUGGGUAUCAUCAACUAAUGUGAGUUAUCCAACAUCGAUUAAAAAUGCAUUUAUUUAUCGUACAAGUGCCGAACUUGAUUCAUAUAUCUACGUAGGUGAUCAUGGUACAUAUGGUAGUGGUGGAUAUGUCUAUGAAUUUCGUGGUAAUUUAAAUGAACUUCAAGAAAAUUUAACUAUUUUACGUCAAUUAUCAUGGUUAGAUGAAAAAUCUCGUGCAGUUAUGAUUCAACUUAAUUUAUACAAUCCCAAUGUUAAUUUUUUUACAUCAGUAACACUUUUAAUUGAAAUACUCGAAACUGGUGAAGUUUUUCCAUCAGCUUAUAUUGAACCAAUGCAAAUGUAUACUGAAUUUAAUAAUUUUUCAUCAAUUUUCUAUUUAACUAUCGCAAGUAUUUACAUUUUAUUUAUUAUUUAUUUUACUAUUUGUGAAUGUUAUUCAAUAUAUAAACUUAAAAAAAAAUAUUUUCGUCAAAUACGUUCAUAUAUCGAAUGGGGUAUAAUAAUUUGUUCAUGGACUGGUGUUGGUGUAUAUAUUUGGCGUUAUCAUGAAGCAAAUCGUAUAGGAAAUUAUUUCCGUUAUACAAAUGGUACACAAUAUAUAAAUCUUCAAUUUGCAACUUAUGUUAAUAAUCUUCUAACAUUUUUACUUGGUUUUUGUUGUUUCUUUGGUACAGUACGUUUAUUACAACUAUUUGAUAUUUAUCCACGUAUUAAUAUUUUUUCACGAACAUUACGCCGUGCAUUUAAAGAUCUUGUUUCAUUUUCAAUAAUGUAUUUUCUAUUAUUUUCAGCAUUUGCUAUUUUAUUCUAUCUUUUAUUUGUAUCAGAUAUGAAAUCAUGUUCAACUAUAAUAUUAACGAGUAAUAUGCUGUUUCAAAUGAUAUUAUUAAAAUUUGAUACGAGUGAUUUAUUACAAGCUGAUGCUUUUCUUGGUCCAUUUGUAUUUACAUUAUUUAUUUAUUUUUGUGUAUUUAUUGGUUAUACAAUGUUUAUUGUAAUAAUAAACAUACAUUUUCGUUUUAUAAGAAGAGACACAAUUCGACAAGAACUUCAUUCGCCUAAUAUUCCAUUAUUUAUUAUUAAAGAUAUAGCAAAACGACUAGGUUUUAAAAAAGCAACUGUUACACCUUUACCACAACCAAUAAGUGUUGUUAUUCAUUCGAAACAUAAAACUCCAGUUGAACAAUUACCAGACAAAUUCAAGAAACUUAUUAUUGCUAUAGAUAAAAUUUAUCCGACACAUACAGAGUCAGAUAUAACAGAAAAUAAUCAAAUAACAACAAUGUCAAAUUUUAAUACACAACGAAAACGUCGAAGAAAGAGGCAUAUUAUCUAUUGA